GGAAUCCGUGCUGCUUUCCCGAAUAUCCAGGCACAAAUAGCCGUCCGCCGGCUGAACCGCUCGUGCCGCUUCCGCCGCCGCUUGAUUUGCUCGCGCCGUCGUGCGAUUUCGCCGAUUCCUCCACCACGCGGGUAAGCAACCUUCGUCGCCUCGCGCCCAGAUCCGUCCCGCAUGGCGAGGAACCCAGGCCGCACUGUCUUCGUAGGUGAGAGCUCUCUUCGCACUCGAGGCACCGAUCGGUUCGUAGGACCCGGGGUUUUAGGAUUCUUCUACUUUCGAGUCAGCUGCGUCGUCGAAUCGAUGGGUUUCUGUGUUUGUCUCAGGGAGAGGUUGAAUGAUCGUGGUGUGGUUGAUAAGAUUGGGUGUGCGAUUCUGUGUUUGGUGGCGUGUUUGCCUGUUCUGCGCUACCCAGAUAGGGCAGUGGCAGUGACUGGUUCGAUGCGGUCGAUGGCUUGGUGGUUAGGACUGGGGAAGGAUGGCGUAUUUGCGAGAUGCUGUGGGAUUCGUGUGGUAACUUGGAUGAAAAGGUAUCUGAAAGAGUUUUGUGUGAGAUUCUUAUUCAGGCAGGUCAUGUAGUAGACCUACAUAUGCCCUGUGACAAGGAGACUAAUCGUCCCAAAGGUUUCGCUUUUGCUGAGUAUGAAACCGAGGAAGUUGCCCAAUAUGCUGUUAAACUUUUUUCCGGGCUUGUUCGAAUCAAGGAUAAAACACUUAAAUUCGCAAUUGCUGGGCAUGACAAACCCUCUUCAAAUGGCAAUAACCCAGUAACACCUAAGCUCAACCCUAUACCAUUACCAAAUCCGACUCCAUUCGUGCAUUGUAGUGAUAUGCCUGUCUCUCAUACCCCAGCAUAUCCAGUGGUAAACGGCAGGAUUGCAGGUUAUGGUUUUUCUCCCAAUCUUAAUUCAUAUGUUGUUCACCCUCAAGCUUUCUCAGGUGGACCGGUGCAUAACCAUGGCGAGGUAAGCAACGGUAUGCAUGAUUACAGCAGACAGGCAUUUGGUUCUGUUCUGAAUAUUGCCUAUAGAGGUCCUUUUCCGAAUGUCUUUGCCCAUGGAGCUGCGAAGCAGCCAAUCAUAUACCCAUCCUACUAGCAGACCGCAUACUCCAAAGAUGGAAUAUGGUAUGUUGACAGAGCUGACAGGUUCCAUAUAGCUUCCUGAUGCCUCAAUUUCAGUAAUGUCUAGAUUGUACCUUAGUCAUGCAUGUAAAUAUGGAUAUUAUCUUGAAAUGUUCACAGUAGACUGCAUUAUUCUUAAA